UGAUGGAUCACGUUGGGCCUAUAGCAAUACUUGGCGUAUGUACGUAUAAUUCAGUUACGAAAUAUUUCUACUACCACAGGGAUUUCUGACGCUGGAGACAUUUCAUGGUGAAGCAACAAAUCUCCAGUGCAGUUUAACCGUAAAAAAUAUCAGUACAUCGGUCGGGAACUGUGAUCGAUCUUGGGAUAUUUCACGACCAACCGCAAAUACCUGGUAGUUCGCCAGCGAUCUCUGUUCCUGCCGUUUCCGCUGGCGGAUAGGCAUUACUGACGGCCGGGAAUAUCACACGUACUUGUUGAAUCCAGAUCCUUACAGCUGUAUGAUUGGUACAAGUUAUCAUGGAAUAUUAUAGGUGUGGAAUGAUGUAUCUGGUAGUUUCUACAAUGGCGCUGGCGCUCGUAGGGACUGCUCAAGCACAGAAUGCAUGUCAGAGUAACCCUUGCAACGGAAGGGGCACGUGUUACGAGCGACCGGGCAGGACCCCGGAUUUUGCCUGCGAGUGUGUCGACUCCUACAUGGGGUUUAACUGCAGCAUAACGUCAAAUGUCUUUCUUUUGCACGAAGUCAACCGAUGUUUUGAUUGGCCCAAUACCUGCAAUCUCAGUACCUUUCAAUCCCCCAACUACCCCAACGCAUAUGAGAGGCUGCGCAACUCCUUCUAUCAGCUCUACAUCCCUUCGGCCAACUCCAUCACCCUGACCUUCGCCAGCGUCUUCGAGGUGGAAGAGAAUUUGAAGGACGAUCUCUACAUCGGGACCGGAUUGGCCUUCCCGGACGAUCUGGUGACCACCAACGUGUCGACCGGCAUGUUCCCCAGGCGCUUCGACGGCACAGUCGCUCCGUUACCUGUGACCCUGGACUCAGAUACCAUUUGGAUUUUCUUCUCCACUGACAAGAAUCAGGAGUUCCGGGGUUGGAGUGUUUCGUGGACGGCGGCCGUUGAUCCUUGUGGCUGGAUGCCCUGUAUGAAUGGUGGGGCCUGCAUACCAAAUUUCUCAUUUAAUAGCUACACCUGCCAAUGUCCGUCCUGCUUCCGAGGAACAAGAUGCCAGCUUCCCUUCAACAUUUGUGCCAGCUCGGACCCCUGCCUGAACUCAGGGGUAUGUUUCCAGAGCGUCGACUGCAGAUCAACGUUCUGUCAGUGUACCGAGUGUUUCCAAGGAGACAUAUGCCAGGAACGCAAAAACCAGUGCAUGAAUCCUAGCAACCCAUGUCAGAACGGAGGAACCUGUAUCCCCCAGGGUACGGGCUGUGGUGUGGGAGACCUCAUCUGCCAAUGUCCUUCGUGCUUCCAGGGUACUUUCUGUGCCGAUCCUGUGGAUCUUUGUCUGACCAACAAUGUUUGCCAGAAUGGUGGCCUCUGUGUGAUGGACGAUACAUGCUCCCAGACGUCCUGUACGUGUGUCAACUGUUACACCGGCCCUACCUGUACCAUCUACCAAGAUGCCUGCAGCAGUUUCCCAUGUGAGAACGGCGGGUCGUGUCGCGUCAACCAGUCCUCGUGUCUGGACUUUACCUGUGCCUGCCAAGGCUGUUUUGAGGGAGAGCAGUGCCAAACAGCCUUGGACCCCUGUGCCAACAAUCCAUGCAUCAAUGGUUUCUGUCAGCGAUCCACCACGGGAGACGCCUGCCGAGAGUAUGCAUGCGUAUGUCCGUUCUGCUUUGAGGGGACCAACUGUGACAUCCCCAAGAACCCAUGCAAUUCUGCUCCCUGUGAGAAUGGAGGUACAUGUGUCCAGGAUCCCAACUUCUGCUUAGGGUUCUCCUGCACUUGCCCGAUGUGCUACGAGGGCAACACAUGCUCCUUCCCUAUUGACCAGUGUCAGUUCAACCCUUGCCAAAAUGGUGGAGUCUGUCUCAUCGAUCCCAACGACUGUAGCAACUACACGUGCACCUGCCCCAUGUGUUUCACGGGAUAUAACUGCGAGACUCGAAUCAACCAGUGUUCUCCCAACCCUUGCCAGAACAAUGGCCUUUGUUCACCGGUUGGCUUAUCAUGUGACCAGUUCACCUGUACUUGUGUGAACUGUUACACCGGAAGCACAUGCGACACCUUGCAAGAUCCAUGCAGUGCUGAUCCCUGUCUGAAUGGAGGCACCUGUACGAUGCUGUCAUGUUCAGACUAUAGCUGCAGCUGUAGUGGUUGCUACACAGGAGUGAAUUGUCAACAGUUGAGGGAUCCUUGCUCCCCAAGUCCCUGUCUGAACAAUGGAGUGUGUCGGCCACUCAACGGAAGCUGUGAUCUGGCCACUUGCGAUUGCCAACUGGGCUGCUUUGAUGGAGCUUUCUGCCAGACACCCAUUGAUCCCUGCAACCCCAAUCCCUGUAAUUUUGGAGGCAUAUGCACCCGGGACCCAUCCAACUGCAACGACUUUACCUGUAAUUGUACAGGAUGCAAUGCUGGACCAACCUGCAGCACAGUUUUGGAGCCUUGUGCCAACGAUCCGUGUCAGAAUGGUGGUGUCUGUAGCCCUACCUCGUGUACUGAGUAUGAGUGCAGCUGUCCAUCAUGUUUUGUGGGAACCAUGUGCGAGUCAAGAAUUGACCCCUGCUCCUCCAACCCCUGUCAGAACCAAGGCAGGUGUACGUCGGUCCAGUCUUCCUGCUCCAUCUUCCAGUGUGAAUGUGCCGGCUGCUACACAGGGCCCACCUGUCAAAUCCUUCAAAACCCUUGCAAUAACCAUGCGUGCCAGAACAAUGCCGUGUGUCAGCCAUCUGCCACGUCUUGCUCUGAUUACACCUGUGCCUGUGACGGUUGCUACACUGGCCAGUUUUGUGAAGUUUUGAUUGAUCCGUGCAGUAGUUUCCCUUGUCAGUUCGGUGGUGCCUGUUCCCGUGUUGGAUCCAGUGAUUGUAACGCCUUCACCUGUGCUUGCCAGGGCUGUUUCACAGGACCAACUUGUGCUACAGAAAUGAGUGCCUGCAUUUCCAAUCCAUGUCAGAAUGGAGCCUUUUGCUCACCUACCUCCUGCAGUGAGUAUUCUUGUACCUGUGUAGGCUGCUACAAUGGCACCAACUGUGAGAAUGUCAUUGACCAGUGCUUGCCCAACCCCUGCGAGAACCAAGGUGUCUGCAGCAAGGUCCUCGGGUCCUGCACUGCCUUUACCUGUGCCUGUCAAGGUUGUUGGACGGGGCUCCGAUGCCAGAUCCCUGUGGAUCAGUGCGAUCCCAACCCUUGCUUCAAGAGUGGAGUCUGUAUUCCGGACAGUAAUUCUUGCACUGACUUUUCUUGCAUGUGUGACACCUGUCACACUGGCCGUUACUGUCAAACUGCUGUUAACCCAUGUCAGAGUUCACCAUGCAUGGCCGGUGGAGUGUGCAGUAUUUCUCAGGACUGUCUUAGCCACAACUGUACCUGCCAGGGGUGUUAUACUGGGAGUAACUGUGAAACAUUGUUGGAUCCAUGUAACCCAAGUCCUUGUCAGAACAAUGGAGUGUGCUCCAGGCGAGACGGCACAUCUUGCACUGAGGCUGUGUGCAUAUGUCAACCAUGCUUCAGUGGUGCUAACUGUGAAACACGUCUCAACGCUUGCGUGGACAACGGCAAUCCUUGUCUGAACGGUGGGACAUGCUCGCUCCAGCAAGGUUCCUGUUCCCAAUUCACCUGUAGCUGUGAUGGCUGCUAUACAGGCUCCAGAUGUGCUACCUUACUGGAUCCUUGUCUUGGUAACCCCUGUCUGAACGGAGGCUCCUGUAAUGCCACCUCAUGUACAUCAUUCCAAUGUACCUGCAGUGGUUGCUGGACAGGAGCACGCUGCAGUGAAUUUAUCAACCAGUGUGAGCCUAACCCUUGUAGCAAUGAAGGAUUCUGCCGACCUGUGGCUGGUUCUUGUACAGAGUAUGAAUGCAGCUGUGCACUGUGCUUCACUGGACCAACUUGUAAUAUCCCUGUGGAUCCCUGUAUCAGCAAUCCUUGCCAGAAUUACGGAACCUGUAGUCAGGCCCCUAAUGCUUGCACCCAGUACAUCUGCACCUGUCCGAGCUGCUACAGGGGAACCAACUGUGAAAUUUUUCAAGAUCCCUGUGCCACUCACCAGUGUCAGAACGGCGCCACGUGCCAGUCAACUCCAGGAAUCUGUGCUGAUUACACAUGCUCCUGCCCUGAAUGCUACAUGGGCCAGUUCUGUGAAACAUACAUAAAUCCGUGUGACAGUUUUCCUUGCCGUUCUGGUGGCACCUGCAACCUUGUGCCAAACACCUGCGGUAAUUACACUUGCACCUGCCAGAACUGCUACGAAGGAACAAACUGUGAAACAUUUUUGGAUCAGUGCAGCCCCAAUCCUUGCCAAAACAACGGAUUCUGCAAUCCGGUCCCAGGCACCUGUGACCAGUACCAGUGUCAAUGUCAGCCCUGCUUCAGUGGAGACGACUGCUCUAUCAGGCUAGACCAGUGUGCACCCAACCCAUGCCAAAAUCAAGGCGUAUGCCAACCAGUUGGCUCAGUGUGUGUUGACUACAUCUGCCAGUGCCCCUCGUGCUAUGUUGGACAAAACUGCGAGACUCGUGUUGACCAGUGUGCCAAUAACCCUUGUCAGAAUGGAGGGACAUGCGUUCCUGAGCCCAAUUCCUGCACAGCGUUACAAUGUCAGUGUGCUGGUUGCUACAUCGGAGCAUUAUGUGAAUUCUUGCAAGAUCCUUGUCUAGCUCAGCCCUGCCUGAAUGGCGGUACGUGCUCACGAUUUGGCGGUACCUCAUGCACACAGUUUGAGUGCAGCUGCCCAAGCUGUUUCCGAGGCAGCAGAUGUGAAGAAACCAUCAACGCCUGUGAGCAGUCCAUGUGCCAGAACAAUGCCCAGUGUGUGAGCUCCAAUGAGGUGGGCAACUGUGUGGAUUACACCUGCUCCUGCAGGGGAUGUUACGCAGGAACCUUCUGUGAAACACCAAUUGAUCCUUGCUUGAGCACUCCAUGCCAAAAUGGUGGCACCUGUAACUUACAGCCUGGUUCUUGUACUGAGUACACCUGUGCCUGCCCUGGCUGCUAUGUGGGCAGUCUCUGUGAACAACUUCUGGACCCCUGCCGUUUCAACCCUUGUGCAAAUGGAGGGAACUGUGUAGCCACAUCAUGUACCUCUUUCACCUGCCAAUGUACAGAUUGCUACACGGGUGCAAGCUGCCAAACAAGAAAGAACCAGUGUGAACCCAACCCUUGUUCCAAUAACGGGCUUUGUGUUCCUGAUGCCAACUCCUGCGAAACGUUUACCUGCCAGUGCAAUGGCUGCUACAGUGGUGACCUCUGCCAGAAUAAUGUUAAUCCCUGUCUUAACAACCCUUGCCUUGCUGGAGGAGCAUGCACCCCACUGCCUGGUGACUGUACCCGAUAUUCAUGUGACUGCCCGCCUUGCUUCCAAGGGGCCAACUGCCAAAACCCGGUUGACCUGUGCCAGACAUCCAACUUUUGUCUGAAUGGAGCGACAUGCAGUCAAAAAGCAAACUGCUCAGGCAUCAACUGUCAAUGCUCACCUUGUCAUGCCGGAACUUACUGCGAGCAACGUGUCAACUAUUGCGCAAGCAAUCCAUGCUUGAAUGGAGGUGUCUGUCUGAAUGGGUGUCCCGGUUAUACUUGCCAGUGCAGUGCGUGUUGGACGGGCCCUGAUUGCUCUAUACCUGUGGCAGCCUGCUCCAGCCUGCAGUGUCAAAAUGGCGGGCUUUGCCAGGAGUACUGUUCCUAUGCAACCUGCAGCUGUCCAACAUGCUACGUGGGCACCAGCUGCCAGACCAGAUUAAACGCUUGCGCAGGCAACCCCUGCGUGAACGGAGGCACUUGUGUUCAGUCCACGGACUGCACCUCGUACACCUGUCAGUGCCCCAACUGUGUAUCGGGUAACAACUGUGAAACAAUUCUCAAUCCCUGCUUUGCUCGGCCCUGCCAGAACAGUGCUAUAUGUAUCCCCAAUGCUACGGACUGCUCGGCUUAUACCUGCCAAUGCCAAGGAUGCUGGCAAGGCUCUCGUUGCGAGCAAGAAAUCAACUCCUGCGAUCCCAACCCCUGUAUGAACUCAGGCCAGUGUCUGCGCAGUCAGAGUGUGUGCACUGACUAUGUGUGCCAGUGCACUGGCUGUUACGAGGGAGACCGGUGCCAGACAGAGGUCAAUCCCUGUGCAUCUAAUCCCUGCCAGAAUGGUGGAGUUUGCAACCGACAGGCUGGCAGUUGUUACCUACACACCUGCUCCUGCCCGCCGUGCUUCCAAGGAUCCAACUGUCAACUUGAGGUUAACCCUUGUGCCAAUAACCCAUGUCAGAAUGGGGGACAGUGCCAACGUGUGCCCAACUCCUGCACAGCAUACACAUGCCAAUGUUCGGAAUGCUUCACCGGACCGUUAUGCCGUCAAGUCGUCAAUCCAUGCUCAAGUUUCCCAUGUCGUAAUGGCGGUACUUGUGUGCCAUCCAUUAACUCAUGCCUGGAUUACCAGUGCCUCUGUGAUGGAUGCUACACUGGAACUAUGUGUCAAACAUAUGUACACGUCUGUGACCAGAAUCCUUGCCAGAAUGGAGGUUUCUGUCUCCGCGUAGCCGGCUCCUGUACAGAUUAUGUCUGCACCUGCAGUGGCUGUCACAGUGGCAACAACUGCGAAAUCCAGGUUGACCCUUGCAGUAGCAACCCUUGCCAGUUCAGCGGUGCCUGCAUCGCAGACAGCUGUACCGAGUACACCUGCUCAUGUCCUACGUGCCGCACGGGCACCCACUGUGAAAUAGCUGUGGAUCUGUGUCAGACCCAAAACUAUUGUCUGAAUGGCGCCACGUGUUUCCAACGGAAUGCCUGCACAAGCAUCAGUUGUAUCUGCGACGCCUGCCACUUUGGCCAAGCGUGCGGAGAACUUGUGGACCUCUGUCAGCAGAACAACCCUUGUCAGAACAACGGCAUUUGCCAAAGUAACUGUCCCGACGUGACUUGCACAUGCCCUCCAUGCUGGUCUGGACAGUUUUGUCAAGACCCUGUGGACCUGUGCGUUAGUAACCCAUGCCAUAACGGAGGUCGUUGUGUCAAUCACUGCUCUUACUAUGUCUGUGAAUGCACCUCAUGUUGGAGCGGGGAAACCUGUCUUGCAGCCGUGGAUCCAUGUCUGAACCUGCCGUGUCUGAAUGGGGGUACCUGUCAGAAGUCAGCUGACUGCUCCACUUACAACUGCACCUGCCUGGACUGCUUCUCCGGAUCCAACUGCCAGACCUAUGACAAUCCUUGCGUUCCCAGUCCAUGCCAGAAUGGUGGAGUCUGUAGCCUUGACCAAGGUCUCUGCUCUCAGCCCAGCUGUGUCUGCUCGGGCUGCUACACUGGACCCCGCUGCGAAACCCGUCGGAGCCCUUGUGCACCCAAUCCUUGUGCCAAUGGGGGCCAGUGCACCGAAAUCUCCUGUGCUGACUUCACCUGCUCCUGUGAAGGCUGUUUCACCGGUCCGUUCUGCACCACCGAAAUUGAUCCUUGCCGCAACAAUCCUUGCGAGAACGGAGGCACUUGCUUCAGAGGCUUACAGCAAUGUGAUACAUUUACCUGCAGCUGCCCAUCUUGCUUCACAGGAACAUUCUGUGAUCAACCUAUAAACCCCUGUGAUCAGAACCCAUGCCAAAACAACGGCAACUGCUACGCAUUCCAGGGCGACUGUGUCAAUUACAUUUGCGAGUGUGUCGGGUGCUUUGGUGGAGCAGACUGCAGCGUGUUCCUUGAUCCUUGUGCGGCCAACCCUUGCAAGAACAAUGCCUUCUGCCAGCCUGCUGGUGCCACGUGUAAUACCUACCAGUGUUUCUGCUCAGGUUGCUGGACAGGGCCUACCUGCGAGGAAUACAUUGAUCCGUGUGCUAGUAAUCCUUGUAGUAGGGGCAGCACAUGCGUCUCCACCUCUUGCAGUGAAUUCAACUGUAUAUGUGAUUCCUGCUCUCAAGGCCGCUUGUGUGAAGGAGAUGUUGACUUGUGCAGUGGUUCAUUUAACCCAUGCAUCAAUGGAGGUACUUGCAUCCAGUUACCAUCCUGUACCUCAACCACUUGCGUCUGUGACUCGUGUUUCGGGGGGGCCUUCUGCGAAAUCCCUGUUGAUAAGUGCGUAAAUCACCAAUGUCAGAACGGGGGUGUUUGCAACAAUGGAUGCCCUGACUACACCUGCACUUGUCCAGUUUGUUGGACUGGAGAGUUCUGCGAAAUACCUGUGGAUAUCUGCGCUAGCAGUCCUUGCCUGAAUGGGGGAACUUGCAACAAUCUUUGUGUCGGCUACAACUGUUUUUGUCCACCAUGCUAUUUGGGAUUCAACUGUGAAGUUUAUCAAGGGGGUUGCACCAUUGAUCCAUGCCAGAAUGGUGGCACGUGUACUGAGGCCCCACAUGCAUGUAAUCACUAUGUAUGCACCUGCCCGCGUUGUUUUACUGGACCGACCUGCGCACAGAUUGUCGAUCCAUGUCUGGAGAGCCCAUGUGCCAAUGGUGGCCUGUGCUACAGGAGUUUGAUAAACUGUGAACGAUACACCUGUCAGUGUACUGGAUGUUGGACAGGAGAAACAUGUCAAACUUAUUCAAGCCCUUGUCUGAGUCUACCUUGCCAGAACAACGGGGCCUGUACCACAGAUAGCACCUGCAGUAACUUCACCUGCGUCUGUGACGCUUGUUACUCUGGAGACCUGUGUCAAUUCCGAAGUGACCCUUGUCAGGUCAAUCCGUGCCUGAACGGUGGCGCUUGCUUCCAGGCCUCUGUCACCUGUGGCUCAUACCUGUGUGUGUGCCCAGGCUGCUAUACUGGAGACAACUGCGAAACUUUGCUGGAUCCAUGUGCCAACAAUCCCUGUCAGAACGGCGGGCAGUGUACCGCUACCUCCUGCUCCUCAUAUACCUGUGACUGCGUGGGUUGCUGGAGAGGAACAUUCUGUACUCAGUUGGUGAAUCCUUGCAUCUCCAAUCCAUGCUUCAAUGGUGGUUUGUGUCAGCCGGUACCUGGCACCUGUGACAGCUUGACGUGUCAGUGCAGUGGUUGCUGGGAGGGAGAGCUGUGCACCAUCCCAACCGAUCCCUGCCUUAGCAACCCGUGCGGCAACAGCGGAACCUGUCACACCAGAACCAGCCAACCUGGCACUUGCUACACCUUCUUUUGUAUCUGCAACUCAUGCUUCACCGGAACGCGCUGCAACCAGAUUGUCAAUCCGUGCGACAGCAACCCAUGCCAGAACGGCGGUAUCUGUGAAGCUGCCAAUGUUGGUGGCAACUUUUGUCCUGUGCACAGUUGUGCCUGUACGUCUUGUUGGACGGGCCCCAACUGUAACACGCCCAUGAACCCUUGUGCAUCUAACCCCUGCCAUAAUGGUGGACAAUGCACGCAGAUCUCCAGCGCCAUUCCGGGACAGUGCAACACCUACAGCUGCACUUGCUCAACUUGUUUCACCGGACCCAACUGCCUUUCAUAUGUGAAUCCUUGUGCUGGUAAUCCAUGUCUGAAUGGUGGCACGUGUGCCCAGGUGUCAGGAGACUGUACCCAAUUCCUCUGUCUGUGCCCAACGUGCUUCACAGGCAACAUGUGCCAGAUAUCCAUCAACCCCUGUAGUUUACAGCCCUGCCAAAACGGGGGCACGUGCUACAUCAGCAGCACUUCAUGUAACUCGCGUAUCUGCCAGUGCACGGAGUGCUUCACUGGCUCUGACUGCUUGCUACCUGUGACUCCCUGCAGUCCCAACCCUUGUCAGAAUGGUGGUGUCUGCUCAGCCAACGGGCCCAGCUGCCUAGACUUUACCUGUCAGUGUUCAGACUGCUACCAGGGACCUGACUGCUCCAUCCCGAAAGACCCGUGUGCUGGUAACCCAUGCCAGAAUGGCGGCCAGUGCUCACCAGCCCUGAUUGGUUCCCAGCCAGAUUGCACGGCGUUCACUUGCAGGUGCACUGGCUGCUGGGUGGGAAGCACCUGUGACCGAGUGUUUGAACCCUGCGCUGCUAGCCCGUGCCAGAAUGGUGGAAUCUGUCAGUCCGUAGCCAGCAAUUGCCUGACGUUCUCCUGCAUGUGUUUUGGAUGUUACAGAGGUUCGACCUGCACGCAAGUCCAAGAUCUGUGUGACCCAAACCCAUGCAACAACGGUGGUUCUUGCAUUCAGGACAGCACUUGCAACCAGUACGUCUGCCAGUGUCCCUCAUGCUUCAGUGGCAUCAACUGUGACACAGAAGUCAAUGGUUGCAGCAGUAACCCUUGUCAGAAUGGAGGAAUUUGCAUAGUUGAUCCCAACGAUUGCAGCAGAUAUACAUGCCAAUGUCCACUAUGUUACCAACAAGACCCAACAUGCAGCACACGUUUUGAUCCUUGUGAGACAAGCAAUUGUGGUAAUGGUGGUGUUUGCGUCCCGAUGGAGGGAAGCUGUUUCCGGUAUACCUGCCAGUGCAGUGGCUGUCGGGAGGGACCAUCGUGUGAGACAUCCACCAGUGUGUGUGACAAUAGCCCUUGCAACAAUGGUGGCUCGUGUGUUCACGUCAAUGGCGACUGCAGUACCUACGUCUGUGAGUGCCCCAACUGCAGGACUGGCGAUAACUGUGAGAUCGAGAUUGACCCCUGCGCAGGCAACCCAUGUGCAAACGGCGGCACCUGCAGCCCAGCAGCGGGAGGCAGCUGCCAGGAGUUUGUCUGCUCUUGUGUUGGCUGUUGGAAUGGUCCGUUGUGUAGAGAUUCCACUGCCUUUUGCGACCUCGCCGACCCUUGUGAUCGUGGCACCUGCCUCACUUCACCUGACGACUGUGGCAAUUUCCUCUGUCAGUGCCCAGUGUGCUACACAGGACUGAUCUGCCAGACAGUUCAAGAUGUUUGCGAGUUGACACAGAACCCUUGCAACAAUCGUGGUGUCUGCAUUCAAAACUGUCCAGCCUCAUUCAGCUACCGCUGUGACUGUAAUGACUGUUGGACUGGACCAGACUGCUCCAUACCUGUUGACAAGUGUGUCUCCAAUCCUUGUCAAAACAACGGUGUGUGUCAGAACCUUUGCCUGGCCUACCGGUGUGACUGCCUCGAUGGAUACUCCGGAGUAAACUGUGAACAAGAUGUCUGCAGUCCGAAUCUUUGUAAUAAUAAUGGUACUUGCGUGCGCCUUGCGGGUGGCUUCCGUUGUGAAUGUGACCAGUGCCAUGCUGGGCCAUUCUGCGAUAUCGUUGUGGAUGUGUGCGCCAGUAUUCCGUGUAAGAAUAACGGCAUGUGUCGUAACAUGUGUUCUCACUACACCUGCGACUGUCAGCCGGGUUGGGAAGGAGUUGACUGCGGCAAUCGAAUAAACCACUGCUUGAGCGCACCUUGCAAGAACGGUGGUCUGUGUACCAGUGAUGCAGAUUCCUUCACUUGCACCUGCCGGCAGGGCUUCUCAGGCCCAACUUGUGAAAUGGACAUUGAUGAGUGUGACUUGAUGCCGUGCUUGAAUGGCGGAACUUGCCAACAGCUUCCCAUCAGUGGUUACCUGUGCAGCUGCACAAACGACUUUAUGGGCACCAACUGUGAAAUAUCCAUCGGGUGUGUGGUCAACUACACCCUUCCCAACGACGGUACAAUCAUGAUUUCAUCUCCCAACUUCCCGGAUAACUACGGCAAUGAUCUGAGCUGUCGCUGGACCGUCCAGACCUCGCUCGGCCGCCGCAUCCGGGUCAUCUUCGCCAACUUCUCCACAGAGCCUCUGUAUGAUUGGCUGGAGGCCGGCAACGGGCUGGUGGCAGGCAGCGUAGACUCGCGCGUCAUCCGUCACUCCGGCAUCGAACAGCCCAGCAACUUUGUCACUAAGAGCAACGAGCUGUGGAUCACUUUCUCCUCCGACAGCAGCAAGUCGGCACCGGGAUUCCUAAUCGAGGUUAAGGACAAUGAUGUUGAAACCAACGAACCAUGUGCAAGCAAUCCAUGCAUGAACGGCGGCACCUGCCAAGAUAACAUUGAGAGGUUCGUCUGCAUAUGCCCCAGCAACUGGGGUGGGCCACGCUGUCAAGUUGAAACUCCCUGCAAUCCCAACCCUUGUUUGAACGGCGGCACUUGCAACCAGUCGCCAAAUGGAACAAUCACUUGUGACUGUCUGGUCAACUUCAGCGGAGAUCGCUGUCAAACAUUGAUAACUGAGAUCUGUACUGAGGAUACUUGCUUCAACGGAGGAGUUUGCCAGAACGAUGGAGGGAUGAUUGCUUGUAACUGUACCCCAGGAUACACAGGAAGAUUGUGUGAGGCUGAUGUUGAUGAGUGUGAGUCGUCUCCAUGUCUGAAUAAUGGUGUUUGUAUCAAUGGCGUCAAUCAGUUCUACUGCAGCUGUCCCAACGCAUUUGCUGGCGUACGCUGCGAGACAGUUGUUGCUUGUGUGGACAGGCCGUGCUUCCAUGAUGGCGUAUGCAUUCCACUCAGUGAUGGUACCUAUGUCUGUCAGUGUGUUCCUGGAUACACAGGAGCACAGUGUGAAACCGAAAUCAACGAGUGUGGUAGCAGCCCCUGUGUCAACAAAGGAACCUGUAUCGACCACCUCAACGACUAUGAGUGUUUGUGCGAGAGCGGAUUCCUGGGAAAGAAUUGUGAAUUCAGAAUUGGGGAAGGCUGCUUAAACAGCCCCUGCAAGAAUGGUGCCACAUGCAAUGACACCUCUGGUCAGUUUGUCUGUACCUGCCUGCCUGGCUUUCAAGGAACUACCUGCGACAUCAAUACCAAUGAGUGUAACAGUAACCCUUGUAAGAACGGAGGUUCCUGCACCGAUGGAAUCAACGGCUUCACGUGUGCCUGCCAAUCCGGCUACACAAGCUUCGACUGCAGCAUCGACAUCGACGAGUGCGUCAGCAGGCCAUGUCAAAAUGGUGGAGUAUGCUCUAACGGCAUCAACAAGUACAAGUGCAUUUGCAAGACAGGCUACUCUGGCACCAACUGUGAAAUUCCACCUGAUAACAACCCUCAGUUGCCAGACGAAGGUGGCCUGGAUUCCUUCCCCUUAGAGCCCUGGUGGAUUGGUGUCAUUGCAGCUCUCCUUGUUCUGAUUACCAUUUUCAUCAUUAUUCUCUUCUGCACCUACAAGCGCAACAAGAAGCCAAUAGAGGUCGUCUACACCAAGCCGGCACCCAAGCCUCAGCCUAAGUUUAUCUCGCCUUACAAGAGGUGAAAAAGCCUUUAGAAGCAGUCCAUCCCGUUUAAUAAGCAGUGGCUGGUACAGUGGUUUUAAGAAAAAAAGUUUUAAGGGGCAACACUUGUCAGUCUAACAACGUGCAUUAUCCCACCUCACACCUGUCGUACAUGUUCAUCAUUGAGAGCCAAAUUCAAAUACGGAAGCAAACUCCUUGAGCAAGGAUCACCGUAGUUGCAAAAAGAUGACAGUGACGGUAAUGGUAUGCUAAUCAGCAUCCUCACGUUUGGCUGAAAUUGUAAUGGCAACUGGAUAUGUACAAGGUGUGGUAAAAAAAAAGUAUAACAUGCUUUUCAUUUCGGCUGAAUAGUGUUGUUAUAGGUGCCCUUCACGUUGGAAGUCAACAAACUUGUUAAUGAAGUGAGUUUGUCAACUUCCAAUACCUCUGGAACCAACAUGGACUAUUUUAUGUCAAACCAUAUUACGUUUGUAAACUGUGACAUGAAGUUAAUUUUGUGAUCACUAUUCAGAUGAAAUUUGCUAAAACAAGUCAUGGUAAUUUCAACUUAAACAGUGCCUGCCUGUUUGUUUUGGUUCAGUGCUGACUUUACGCAACGGGGGAUAUCACUAUUUGUAUGUUAAAACAAGAGUAACAGAAGCAUUUGCCAGAAUGUCAAUUAUUUAACUGUUUUGGACACGCUUUGCCAUUUUCAAGUUAAUUUCUGUAGGAGGAAUGGGAAUUUUCUCAGGUGAAUUUAAAUGUACACAUCCAUGUUUUAAAGAGGUAUUUUUACAUUUUGUAAGAGAUAAAACCCUACAACUUUUUAUACUUGUAGAUAGAACAUAUGUUAAAAUUCUGUACAGCUGUGAUUUAUGCACUGAUCAAGUUACAUUCAGAAAUGAUUUUCAGAACGCCAGUGGUGUUUGGCAACACUUGUACGUGUAACUUCGCAUUAAUUCGGAUAGCCCUAUCAGUAGAAAGGUGCAUUUUGUUUGGGGGUUGUGUUUUUUUAUAUGCAAUUCAUGUGUCGGGAAUCUCAAUUUAAAGCUUUAAUGCAUUCGACUUACAGAGAAAUUUGCCUCUGGCAUGUCUGCAGUAAACGUGAAAUGUGAACCAGGUUAAGAAUAAUGUGUUCUUCUUUGUGAGAUUGUUCUGAAAGUAACGACCUUUUUGUUACCAUUCAAAUCAUUAACUCAUUUCCUAGAAUACCAGUGUUUAUAGAUGUACACAGAAAUGUCAGUGUUCUUCAUGAACAUUGUUACGUCUUGUAAAAGUAUUCAUAUCGAUUUAAUUUUGCUAAAGGCUUUCCCGAACAUUUUUACUGGAGAAUCAUUUGUGACAUUCUCACAGCAGAUACAUGUACUUUGCGUCUAGAUACUGUUUUAGAAAACUAAUUUGCCAAUUCAUCUUGAUAGCUAAUUUAUCAGCUUUUAAUCAGCUUUUCAGCACUUGGCAAUAUUCCGUUUGGAUUACAUUUGCACCUAUGUGUCAAAUGUUGCCAUGCUAUUGUGCGGGGUCUGUGUAGUCGUACAUCACACUCUCAUUGACAAUGCUUACAUUAAUUUGUAUAUAAUAUGUAGCUUUUUGUACACAUUAAUGUUGUCUUUCAGUCGUAUUAUUCUUUAAAAAUUGAAAAUGCCAUAGUACUGUUUAUUUUUAAAACAUGACAAGAAAAUAGCUUUAAAGAAUGUUCCAUGCGUAUUCUUGAUACAUGUAGAUACUAUAUUCUUAUCUUGAAUCACUACACUCAUAAACUAUUAAUUGUCAAUAUACUGAUGUAUGGGAGAGUUUUGAGACACUUCGAUGCUGUAAAUUUAGUAGCCUUUUUCUACUGUUUGCGUCAUUUUGAAUAUGUCCAUAAAAGUUGAAACAUAAUGGAAGCAGUAUGUUUGCAGCCAAAAUGUCACCACUGGUGCCUGAGUUAUAUUUUUAACAAAGACAAUUGAUCUGAGGGGUAAACACACUCUGGGGUGCUAUCAGAUCAUCAGAAAAUGUUCAGACAAAUAAAAAAAAAUCUUUAACUCAGCGCAUCUCUCUUCUUUGAGUGCUUUUAAGAAGAAAUAAGACACUUUGAGAAGCUUGGUGGCGGCAAACAUAUACUGGUUCUUUUUUCCCAGUUUGAACAAGCGUGCGUUCUGAGCAUGCUCGAAGUCCAAAAUAGGCAGUAUUUUAGAAGUAGAGAAAAUAUUGCAGUUCAGCUCAAUCCUUUAGGCCUACAUGUUUACGUUGACUGCAGGCGUUUCAAAGAAAUGUUUAAGCUCCUAAUUCCGUAGCCUUUCCAUAACCUAUGCAUCUACAGGUGUCACAUCAUUGCGAAGCACACAUCGUUAAAGGCUAUAAUCAUCGGUACAUGCAUGCCACCAUGUCCAGUAAAUCAUGCCACCCUGGGACUGUCGUUUCAGAUAUUAUAACCGAUUAAUAUUAAUUUCCAAGUAUACAUGUUGAGUCAAGUAUAAAUAUUAAGAUUAUUUGCAAAAAGUUUGACAAAAUAUACAUCGAAAAUAAAUCGUUUUUAUAAAAUAGAUAUAAAUGACCCGCCUAACUGUGUCAAGUUCAACUGUAUGCCAAGCAACGGAGGCGGAAUCAAAUACAUGUACCAGGCUGUGAGAUGGGCCAAGCU